CCCGAUCGGAAGGUACCUCCCAGCUUGACCGUGAAACACUCGAAACCACUCACGAUCAUGGGGAAGCUCGACGAUGAAGGGGUCCCCGAGGCUGUCCCGCUAACUCGACAGCGGUCGACCUCUUUAGCAUCAAACAUUUCCUCCGAUUCGGGCCUCUCGGUUGCAUCCGCAGCCUUCCUCGAUGCUCAUAAGAGCGAGUUCUCGGCCGGGGUAGAUGGAGAGGGGGAAGGACAACGAUACCGGGACUUGGAAGAUGGGACAGAACCUGGGGUGGACGAGCCAUUUCUUCCUUCUAAGAAGUCCAAUUCUUCAUCCGGCCGUCGCUGGUGGCUGUUCGGUAUGCUCAUAUGCGUGGUCAUGGCCAGUGGCUGGAUCGUUGCAUUCGUCUUCUUCCUCGUACAGGGACGGUCCAAUGCAGCGGCGAUUUCCUCCCCAUCCACGGUGGAAGUGCAUGAGCCGGACUCUGCAACCGGUAGUACCAGCUAUGGAAAGCCGGUGACACUCGAACAGGUGCUGACGGGCCAUUGGUUGCCGCAGUCUCAUGCCAUCGCGUGGACCCCCGGCUCUAAUGGCGAAGAUGGGCUGUUGAUCGAGCAAGGCGAGCAUGGUGACGGAUACCUGCGCAUUGAAGAUAUUCGCAGUCGCAAGGCCGGAUCGGGGGGCUCUGCUGCUAAAGUCUUGAUGCAAAAGUCACAUUUCUGGGUUGGCACCCAGUUCGUCAUGGCGUCCAAGAUCUGGGUGAGCCCCAAUCAUGAGAAAGUUUUGGUGCUUUCUGAUUAUGCGUCGAACUGGCGCCAUUCGUACUAUGGCAGUUAUUGGAUUUUUGAUGUCGCAACCCAGACAGCCGAGGCUUUGGACCCGAAUAAUCAUACCGGUCGCAUUCAGCUAGCCUGGUGGUCGCCCGAGUCUGAUGCAGUCGUAUUUGUUUGGGAGAACAAUGUUUAUCUGCGACAACUGUCUUCGUCCAAGGCUGUUCCCGUCACAACGGAUGGUGGCGAGGAGGUGUUCAACGGUGUUCCGGACUGGGUGUACGAAGAGGAGGUUCUGUCUGGCAACGGAGCCACCUGGUGGUCGCUAGAUGGCAAGUACCUUGCAAUGUUGCGGACCAAUGAAACCGACGUCCCCGAGUAUCCCGUUCAGUACUUCCUCCACCGACCCUCAGGCACGGAAGCCCCAGCUGGGCUGGAGAAUUACCCGGAGGUGCGGCAGAUCAAGUAUCCCAAGGCCGGCACUCCCAACCCCAUUGUCAAUCUUCGGUUUUAUGACGUGGAAAAGCAUGAACUCUUCUCCAUCGCUAUGCCAGAAGACUUCGAGGAUGACGAUAGGAUCAUUAUUGAAGUCGUCUGGGCCCCCGAGGAGAAGGUUCUGAUCCGCGAGACCAACCGUGAAAGCGACGUCGUCAAAAUAUUCUUGGUUGACGCCAAAUCGCGGACUGCCAAGCUCGUUCGCUCGACUGACAUUGCUGCUUUGGACGGUGGCUGGGUCGAACCCUCUCAGUCGACGUGGAUCAUUCCCGCCGAUCCCAACAAUGGUCGACCGGAGGCCGGCUAUAUCGAUACAGUGAUUCAUGAGGGUUACGAUCAUCUCGCGUACUUCUCUCCAUUGGAUAGCGCCGAGCCGGUGAUGCUCACUUCAGGAAAGUGGGAAGUCGUCAAAGCACCCACCUCAGUUGAAUUGAAGCAGAACUUGGUCUACUUUGUCGCUACCAAAGAGGGACCAACACAACGACAUGUAUACCAGGUCAAACUCGACGGCUCUGAUCUUCGUGCAUUGACCGAUACUUCGAAGCCAGGCUACUAUGGCGUCUCUUUCUCGGACGGAGCCGGAUACGCGCUUCUGAGCUAUCAAGGACCUGCAGUUCCCUGGCAAGCCGUAGUUAGUACCCAAGACGGCACGAUGAAGAAGGAGAUUAUCAUCGAAGAAAAUAAGCAACUCGCCGAGAAGGUCGAAGACUUUGCACUUCCUGCAGAGGUAUAUAGCACGGUGACCAUUGAUGGAUUCGAAUUUCAGGUGGUCGAACGGCGACCUCCGCACUUCAACCCGAAGAAGAAGUAUCCGGUGCUCUUCCAUUUGUAUGGAGGACCCGGUUCCCAAACGGUUGACCGCAAGUUCUCAGUCGACUUCCAAUCCUACGUUGCCUCCAGCUUGGGGUAUAUAGUUGUUACCGUGGACGGUCGUGGAACAGGCUUCAUCGGUCGCGAGGCUCGGUGUAUCGUUCGCGAUAACCUGGGUUAUUAUGAAGCGCGUGACCAAAUCGAAACAGCCAAGAUAUGGGCCAAGAAACCCUAUGUUGAUGACAGCCGGUUGGCUAUUUGGGGCUGGAGCUUUGGUGGUUUCAUGACCCUGAAAGUCCUUGAACAGGAUGCGGGCCAAACCUUCCAGUAUGGCAUGGCCGUCGCACCAGUGACGGACUGGAGAUUCUACGAUUCCAUCUACACCGAGCGUUAUAUGCACCGACCCCAGAAUAAUCCUAGUGGCUACGACAAUUCAACAAUCAGCGACGUUGCAGCAAUGGGCGAGAAUACUCGAUUCCUCAUCAUGCAUGGUGUGGCUGACGACAAUGUCCACUAUCAGAACACCCUCACGUUGCUCGACAAACUAAACUUGCAAAACAUUGACAACUGGGACAUGGUGAUGUACCCCGAUUCGGAUCACAGCAUAUAUUUCCAUAAUGCACACACCAUCGUCUAUGAACGCUUGUCGAGCUGGCUCAUCAAUGCAUUCAAUGGCGAGUGGCACCGCAUUGCCAACCCGAAGCCCGUUGAGUUGUCCUGGAAGCAAGCCAAGCGCUUUGUAGCCAGUAGACUAUCUUUUGCACCAUAAUUUUGUUUUCUUCCCCCCCGCGCCGUAAUGGGAGGCGCCAUUCCGGGUCAGCAUAUAUUUCAUACAGACAAUUAUCUUACGUAUACAAUGGAAAUUCGGGUUCAAAAUAUGAUUAUGUUCAGUUAUGACUAUAGACGCUGGUAUGCGAAUGAUAUGCUAUGCAAACGCAGAACGCAGAACAAACUGUAAUAUAAACAGGGGUAAAAGUCGAUGUUUUUUUCGCAAACACAUGAAUGAAAAAGAUGAUAUGAACAAAAUAUAUGGGGUAACGGGGAAUUAUGUGCAAUGCCUAAUGGCUGAAGACUUGACUAGACCGCAAAAAGUCCUCUCGCAUGAUCGUGCUGACAUCCGAGUUGCGAUACUGCAUGAGAUCUUCCCGAUGCAGACCACGCACCUGUUCGCGACCGUUGGUCGAGACGGAGCGAGAAUACGAGUGCGGCCGGCGCUGUCCUCCCAGAGAGACACGGAAGUUUUGCGGCGGUACAAGACCAGGGGAACGACUGCCAUGAGAGCCUCCCGCGGAGAGAAUGGAGUGGCGGGGUGCAAAGACGGGGAGACGAGCGUGGGAUUCGGUGUCCGUGGAGAAAUUGCUGAGACUGAGGGCGGAAAUGCUGGAGAAGCCGCGAUCGCGGCGGUCCCGCAGUGGGAAGUUGGAGACAGAGCUGUAGACGGUGGACAUGUUUGAGGCGGCUGAUGACCGCCAGGAGUAGACUGCGCUUGGUGGAAUCGUGAGAAUUUCCUCGUCUACUGUCGCGGUGCGUUGGACAGCCGCUGCAAUAUCUGUGGGCUCAACUGGGUCACCAGCGGCGCGGCUGGCCAUCAUCUUGGCCGACUUGCCGAUCCAGAGCAUCUGCUCGUGUUCGCGGAGAUACCGGUCACCGCUGAAGGACUUCUGGACGAUCUUGCGAGUCAUCAUGCCCAGCUUGCGUCGCUGCUCACUCUUUGCGUACAUGCGACGAGUGAUGAGGUCCACCUCUUCAGGGGUUGGUGACGAGGAAAGGACCGGGGCAGGCUCGUGGUCAUCGCUGUAUUGGCUCCAUUCUCCGAGCAUGGCUAGCAUAGAGAUUUGGGCCUUUGCGAGAGCCUGGGCAUCAUUGGGCGCGACCACGGCGCUGAAGCGUGAAAAGUCAUCUGGGUCACUCAGCACACGAAGCGAAGCGCCGACGUCCGUACAGACAACGGGGGCUCCAGUGAGAGCUGCUUCACCCAAAGCGAGAGGAAGACCUUCAGAAAGAGAGGAGUUCAGGAAGAGCCAUGUGUUCUCGAGGACCUUCAUGGGAUCGGCCGUUCCUCGCAAUGUGACUCUGCCGCGGAGACCCUUGGAAGCGAUAAUUUCCUGGCAUUCAGUGGAGUAUGUGGGAGCCUUGUCAAUGGCACCGUAGAUGUCAAGAUGGUAGUCAUCGAAUUUCCACUGGUUGAUGAUGAUAUCGGCAGCUAGCAGUGCAGUUUUGAUAUCCUUGGCGUACCACACGUGAGAAAGCAUGGUCACUGUUGGGCGCUCAGACUUGAUUUCCUUCACAGGCGCAAACUUCUGCAUGUCGGUGAUACCAUUAACGACAGGGUCGACCUUGCGGCGGAACGUGUUGCGAUGCUCAAUCGUUCCUUGGCAAGUGCCAAUCUCAACUUCCCAGCCUGGGUUGAAGAAGUCUGCACACGGAAGAAUGAUAUCCGCGUGGUGAAGAGUCAGAACGGAGGUGAUUCGCAUCAAGCCCAGAAGGGCAUUUCGGACGAAUGGCGAGAGCUUGCAUAGCGCAGACGAGAGACAGAGAUUAGUCUCGCGCCAACUGAUGGCAUGAUCCCAGAUUUGCAAGGUGCAGUUGCGCUUGAUCUUACAUACGACACCGUAAGAGGCACUGACACUGUGGUGGGAUGCCUGGAAGACAUUCGGGAUCUUGUCUGGCACAGGGAUGGAGAAGAUGAAGAGGUAACGGUACCAUAGCUCUAGAGCAACGUCGAGAGUCGACAAGGUGGGAAGCUCAGUGUCGAACCAUUGAGAAGAAGGGAUAGUGUUAGGCAUCUCUUGAGUGAGCCAAAGAUCCCGCCAGCUCUGCUUGACCAUCUCGCUGUUCCAGACUUGCGACCAGUGACGAGACUCCUGGAAGUACGUGUUGAGAUUGACCAGGGCUCGAGUUGCCUGGUGAAUAUCUGCCUUGGAGAGAUCAACAGCUCGCGCACCCUUGACAAGGGCUGUGAGGAUAGGAAUGAAAUUCAUCUUGAUAUCGAACUCGCUUGCCGAAGUAACGUUGUCCACCUCGGAAUCCAGCUUGUUGCUGAACAGGCCGUGGGUAGGUGUCAAAAAGUCCAAGCCCCAGAGGGGAACCACCUUCAAGGACUGGAUGUUCCUCUCUGUCUGGUGCUUGGGAAUACCAAAGUCAUUCGCAGACUCGCAAAUCAUAUGCCACUUGAUGGUCCGCAGCGAGUUGAUCAUGUCUCGUCGACAGGCAGAGACACCACCACCCUCGUUGGGCCAGGUGCCAUUAUCAGCAGCUAAAACGUGGAGGUUCUUGUCGGUGUCGGAGCUGACUUCCUUGGACCGUGUGGUGACGACUGCAUCACCUCCGGGACCAAAGUUGAAGAAAUCACUAAUUUUAACGGCGAGGGGGGUCCAGCUGGAGAUGUUGUUGUCCAAGUCUGCACUGGCCAUGACUGCAUCGGCACGAAGCUCCAUGUACUUUCUUGCGGCUCUGAGAUUUCCCCAAUCGCGACUGCGCCAGUAAGGAGACAGGACCUCAUCCUUGCGAAGAAUGCGAUCAUCCAUCCAGCGAACAAUGAUGCCGUCGAGAUCAUUUCGAUCCUUCCAGGCCUUCCACAUCAUAGAGCGAGAACGAGACGUCGACACGGCGAAGCGCUUCUUAUUCAAUCCAAGAAGACGCGUGAAAAGAUUCGAACGCAGGCUAUCGACGUAGAAGAAGGGAUUGUCGUGCACGAAACUGGUGUAGUUUGGCUUAGCAAGAACUCCCAGGUAGUCGUGUUCGAUCAUAGGCGGCGUCUGAACCUUCAGUCCGUUGAUGGUAGUGAAGAUGGUCGGGUGGAACUUGUGAUCAUACAGCCAGCGACUUUCAUACACAUCGCCAUUUGCCUGUUGCACAAAGGUAGCUUCGGUGACCUUGGUGUGUGGGAUCCAACGAUGUUCCUUGUCACGAUGACGCCGGGGAGGCGCACACCAGGAGACAUUGCAAGUAAUGUGGGACAGCGAAAACUCAGCGCGAAGCAGUUCAUCUCCAAAGCGUGGGUUCUUGCGAUAGUGGUACUGGAAGCGGAUAAGGUUACCGUCCUUCAUGUAUGAACCCUUGUCGACAAGACCCUUGGAGUUGUACUGAAUGCUUUGAAGGUGGUUCUCGCCCUGGACGCAGCGUCGUCCCAGGGGCAUGCGCGGAUUCGUUGACUUGCCCAGCUUGAGACCUUUCUUUACCGGUGCUUGGUAGUCAUAGUGGUAUUCAUUGAGCAGUUUGCCGUCCUUGAACUCCUGUUUGAUGAGAAGCAGCAUCUCGCUCGAAUAGCUGCUGACAUAUUUGAGGGUCCUGGCUUCCUUGUCCUUAGGCUCGGUCUUGUGCUCGCCGGAGUACUGGUAGACUUUGAAGCCUCCAUCGGUUUCCUGGUGCCUGAAUGCUGUGAAGGUUCCAUCAAGUCCUUGUAUGAUGACUCUGCUUUUCUUGAUGUGAAUGGUCAUUCCCUUAGUCUCUUCCCAAAGUCGCUUGACGUUCUUGCGGCCGUGGAAGAGGAAGAAAGACAGGCCAACGUCUUGCACAAUCUUGGCGUAGAUCCAGACCAUGUUGAGCAGGAACACACUUGGAACGCGAACCACCGUCGGCAGUGUCUUGGAGACGUGAUCGAACUCUCUUUGGAAUUCAGGAUCGGCGAUGAGAGCAAUGAAGAUAAACUUGACAAUCGAUCCCAGCUUGUGGUAGACAUAGCUGAAGGGAGAUCUCAACAAAGUCAAGGGCAAUGGCAUUUUUCGAGGAACGUAUGAAAUGAAUUCAGCAGUCUCUGGCUCUUUGGGAAUAGCGGCCUCGCCAGUUCCAUAGUGAGAAUAGUCAAGGAUACUGAUCGCCAUAGCUGCCCCAAGAUUGCACCUCGCAACGUGAACGUCAAGAUCGUUGGUGUCAAACUGGCAAAGGCUUUGUUGGAGCCAUUGGCGUUGACUGUCCGACAGGCUACAGGGCUGUCCAACGCAGCGGCUCAGGAGAACCUUUCGUACUUCCACAGGUAGCUUGUCCCAGUGGAUGUCUGCUUCGAACCCAAGGCACAAUUGACGGAGAAGUUCCUUCUUGGCCCACUGCACAACGACAGAAGUGUUGGCCUCUUCGCGCAGUAGCCGGGCCAUGGUGUGAGUAACUCCACCUGAGACAAUCGCUUCAGCCAGAGCCGCAUACUCGUGAGGAACACCCAUGACCAUCUCGGCGACGGAGUGGACCAGAGUCUCUGCAAUGAUCUGACAAUUGGCACUGAUGUCAAGUCGUUCAUCGUGCAGGCCUCUCACGCUGAUCGCCACCGUUAGUUGAUCACCAGUGCUGCAACUCAAAGCCCGGAUACCGGGACCCAUCGAGCCGUGUGGCACAAGCUCGAGAUGGAUGUUACCAUUCUCCCAAGAUGCAAGAGCUUGAUCAAUAAUCUCUUUGGAAUUGGGGAAGGCUUCUCCAAUUCGAAGUUCUUGGCGGCGAGAAAGAAUAACAUUCUUGAUCUCAAUGCCUGGAUGGACAGCCGGGUCAACUUUGAAGCGGGAAUCGGCAGGGAGAAGCGAGAUAUUCUCAUAGUAGCUUUGAAGUUCUUGCUGAGACCAUUCAGGGUCUGCCCAUGGCGUGGUGAAGGCAUGGAAAGUUCUUCCCAAUUCAACGGGAGAAUCGACCUUGUGAGGCAUGCCCAUUUUGGCACUGAAAAGGGACAGAAUGGCAACAAUCCAAGUGGCCACUCCAAGACCAAUUGUCUGAGAGUACAGGAAGCUAGGGAAGCUGACCUUCAGGGCGAUGCCAAUAGGCAGGCCCACAAGGAUACCAAUCAGAAGAGGCUUCAGGGCGUGAGGCCCGGUAAAGAUCUUGGUGUAUUGGUACCAGAUCAGACCACUGUAGGCAAGCACGUAAGAGAAGAAGACGAUCAUAGCUUCUACCGAUGACUGGAAUGUCCAGAUGAGAGCGGUUGAGAGGGCGAGACUCCAGACAUGCCACAGCAAAAACCGGAACAGUGUUCGCCAGUAGACCUUUCGACGGAAAUGAAUGUUCUUCUUCUGCGAAAGACGAAUGUCCUUGGCCGACUUGACGGCAGCUGGAGUAUUAUCACCAAUCGCAUCGUGCAGCUCCUGGGCCUUAGUGUCGAUAAGCACGGCGCCAAUAAGAUAAUAAGCGAGUGCGAAACCAACAGCCAUGCGAUUCGCAUCAGUCAAAGAGGAUGUAAGUCCAAGAAGACGGUCACCGCUCAGGAGCUGCACCCACUUGUCGAGAAGGGCAAUGAUAAAGUACAGGAUGCCACAGCCAAUCUCCUUGCUUGAUUCACGCCAAUGAACGAAAGCAUUGUGUAAACGAAGGCCUUUCUGUGAGCUGCGCAAUACAUCAAGGGCAACCUUGGUCUGAAUGUUCCAUCCAGAGCUGAACGGAAUCGGGCGUGGAACAUCCGCAUAGCGACAGUACCAGUCCAAAAGAAAGUUGGUAGAAUCCCAGUCUCGAGCGAGUUCCUUGACCAUCUGAUCGGUGGUUGCCCUGGAGAAAAUUCCACGAGACUUUUCAGCCAUGAUAUCGCUCAAAAGCGCCUCCCGCGCUAGCUUGAGAGCGGCAGGGUCACUCAUGGUACCAAAGACUUUCUCAUUGUCGUUUCCAUGAACGGAGAUGUACCACUUGCGGAUCUCAGUAUCAUCGGUGCGUCUAAUAGAUUGAUACCAUGUUACCCACUUGGCAGUCGUGGAGCGCAGACUGAGCAGUAGAACACCGAUGAAGAGAUAGAUGACAGCCAAGUAAAUAGCCGAAUCAUUUCCAGCAAAAGUAGUAAUGAUGGGCGACAAAGAGAGAAUUGGAAUGCAGAGAAUAAUGGCCUUGCGGCCCGAGAGGAAUGUGGAACCGGGGUAGCUGAAGCUUGCGAGAGAAGCAAAGGUAGAGAAGUAGAUGGUCAGGGCAAUCAGAUAAAGAUAGAAAAUAAUACCCGCCCGAGGGCCUCUGACGCUGGAGAUAGCGAUGAAGCCAAUCAAGCCUCCGGCGACUGUGAAUGCAAUACCUGCAAGCAGACGAAUCAAGACGAACAUGUUGGCUGCAGCAAAAGCCAUGGAGAUGAGGUAGUAUGGUCCACCGCAUGCGAUCCAUGUGCCGAUAGCACCGGAAAGUAGCAAGGAAAUCAUCAAGGCCAUUGUCGCACUGUCUUGCUCUUGAUGCGUCAUGUAGGCAGAAAGAUAAAGACCUCGUCCGAUGAGGGUGAGCAGGAUGAUGUCAAUCAGGGCCGGAAUAGCGAAGACACUCAAGAAGGUAAAUCGCUGAUAUGGUCGCAUGGUCUUAGCCUUGUCAUCGGGAUUCACAUCUAUCUGAGCACCGGCAUAGGCUGUGGCCAAUUGCGGAGCGCCAUCAAUCCAGUUUGGAGGUUGGUGCUUGGAAUAAUAGGCUCGGAACCGAUCAGAGAGAAGUUUUCCGAAGACGCUGGGAUUGACACCAAAGUAUGCUUCACACCGUGAACCCAGAGCGAAGGACUCUGCGAAAGCGGCAGCUUGGUCUGAAUGCUGGUUGAACAAUGGAUUUCUGUCCGUUACCUCGGCAUAGAUUUCAUCGAAAGCACCUUUCCUCGCGGCACAGAAAAGCGACAGGGCCAGCAUAUCCGCAUAGGCAUCGACUUGACCUUCUUGCACCAAAUCGCAAAUUGCAGAAGUGAUAAUUGCCAGAUCGUCCUCGCGGUGUUGCUUCAGUACUCGUGAAAAAACUUCAUCGACCUGGUGGAAUAGAUCCAGAGACGCCGAGAGCGAAGGAUAAGAACAGCCUUGCUCCCUGUACCAACCGAUGCGCGAUCGGAUCAGUUCCUCGGGACUUGUUGAACCUUCGAGAUACCCGACAGUGUUGAGUUCUUUCAAUUGAGCAAAUGAUGGCGCGUCCACAAGCUGCUGGCGAAUAUAAGCGCAGAUAUUCUCCGACAAGUCGCUGUGAGAAUCGGUAAGUGACAGAUGCUGCAGAAGCAAUAGUCGCUCCUCCGGACUAAGAGCGUCGAUAUCCUGAACGAAUCGGCGGGGAAGUUGGGCGUUUGGAACCAAAUCCUUGGACCACCUUGCUAGAGCUACUUCCAUUUCAUAGCAGACAUGUCGGGAGAAUCCCUUUGCAGAUAGGAAUGUGUGUAAGACAGUUCCUGCCAGACCCUGGGCAUUUUUGGACACGAAGAUCUCGACUUUUUCGUCAUCUUGCUCGUAGACCGCCCAGAAGCGGCAGUCGGAGGUCUUUCUGAGACCAGAGUCUAGCGCAAGGCUAAUCUUCAAUGAACCAUCUGACGCUAGAUCGGCCAAAUGUUGAAUUGAAGAUAGUAGAUGCGUAUCGUCAAAUGAUAGACCCAGAUUUUCGUGAAAGUUGCGGAGAAGAAGACCAAUGCUUUGAACUUUUGUUGGUGGCACAGGGUGUAGAAGUUCCAGGGAUUUAAGACGUUGCUGAGAUUGAAGAAUUUCCGCGAAGGCCAUGGGAGUCGGGUCCGAUCCAAGAGGGAAGCAUCCCAUGUUGGUAUACUCUUGUCCCGACAUGGAGACAGACAACGGGCUGCCCUGUGACUUGACCUGUGCAACCCAUUCCGGAGGAUCUCUGAGCCGAAGGACGGGGCUUUCUGGUGUCUUGGUCUCACUCUCCUCUGAAUCAAGCAAGUUGUCAACAGCCGGAAAAAUUGAUCCAAGUGAUUCCCAGCUAGUUUGGACGCCAGAGAUGGUCGAGAUUUCGCGAUUAGAGCGCCAUGUGUCGUGGGUUUUCAUAAUCUCGGCUUCCUUGAGCCAACCAAAAGCCGGAAGAGGCUCUGUGAUUGGAGUGUUCAGAUCAGAAUCCUUGAGAGAGGCCUCUGGACCAAUCCAAGAAAUUGCACUGUAGAAGCCGCACCACUGAAUGGAUCUCCGGACGAUGGCGUUUGACAAAGUAACGUCGUUGUUGAUAGUCUCCCACGCUAAUACCACAAAGUCUCUCAUGCAUGCCUCGGAGACGAAUGCCUUGAUUGUCGAUUGCAGAGAUUCCAUCUGGAAGUAGUCGCGCUUUUCACCGUUUGGCAUGAUGCUAGCAUUACGGACGACUAGUCCAGAAAUUGCUCCAUUCUGUAAAGCCUUUCGGUUUUGCAAGAAAGUGGGUGGUUGUACUUCAACAUAAACCGCUAGUCCAAGUGCACUAAUUGCCUCGAAGAGCUUCGCAUGGAUAGAAGGUGUAAAUAUGCCCUCCCAGUUGGCGAACAGGAUUCCGGAGAAGGCGCUGUCGUUGAAGUUGUUGGCAAGGAUCCCUUCGAUCUUUUCGAUUGCGCUCAAGACUGAUUCCUUCGACGAAUGAAUCUGCGCGAGAUCAAGCCUACCCAGGACUUGGCUGCGAUUGCACUUGAAAAUUGCCUCCGCAACGCCAUCCUGGAAUGGAUCCACAAUCAACAGAUCCCACUGGGCCAGUAGCCUUUCUUGGGAUGCAGUUGGCGGCUGAUUGAAGCUUCCCAGGUAUACUCCAAAGGAAGCGGGCUUUUGCGAAUGUGUGGAAGUGUGAACCAAAUUGAGUUCUCGGUUCGCCAAUUUUUGAAGACAUUGGGAGACAUUUGAAGGAACUUUGUCCGACAAUGGCCGCGAC